CUAAUAACUUCGAAUGUUGAAAAGUGAAAAUUAAAACCCAAAAAGGUCAGUGUUGACCGUAUUGCUUUUUUUUUUGUAAUAAUACUUUUUGUUUCUGUAAGAAGAGAGAUUGAUUUUUGUUUCUGUAAGAAGAAGGAGAUAGAGAUGCAGAGAGUCCUGUGCUAAAGAGAAUAUCCAACCGACCAGAUGGCAUCAUCAUGCUAAUAUGAUUAGAUUGAGUUUCUGGUGGGGACUAAGUUUUAAGUGGCGAAGCUGUCAUCAUAGUUCCUAAUGGGGGUGAGGUACUUGCAGUUCUCCGUCGCAUCAACAGCUCUGAGCUUUGCGGGGCUUCAAGUCUGGACAGAGCUGUCUCUGGAUAGACUUAGAGCAGAUGGGCUGAUAAUUUCCAAGAACAUUUCUUUAGGAGACUCGAGGCAUGCGCUUGAGCUGCUUUUGGGUUCUUACUUUACAAUCGCGUUGCUCACAAAUUUUGUGCUCAAUGUCUAUAUUCUUCUGCUACUUUCUCUCAAGACACUAUUUUUUGGAGAGUUAUAUGGCGUUGAAACUAAAAAGUUGGUGGAGCGACUUGCCAAUUACAUCAUUUACAAGGGUAUAUUUCUACCGCUGGUGAUUCCAGCAACAAUAUUUCAGGGUGUACUGUGGACAGUUUGGCUUACUGUUGUAUGCACUCUAAAGAUGUUUCAAGCUUUGGCUAGAGACCGGCUUGAGCGAUUGAAUGCAUCUCCUUCUUCUACACCGUGGACAUACUUCCGUGUGUAUUCAGUUCUGUUCUUGGUUCUCUCUGUUGAUACGUUGUGGAUAAAGCUUUCCCUUAUGACAUACAGUAGAACUGGCUCUUCUCUGUAUCUGUUGUUACUUUUUGAGCCAUGCAGUAUAGCUUUUGAGACCUUGCAGGCGCUGUUAAUUCAUGGGUUUCAACUGCUUGACAUGUGGAUUACCCACUUAGCAGUGAAGAACUCGGACUGCCAAAGAUCUAAGUUUCUUGAUUCCAUGACAGCAGGCUCACUGUUGGAAUGGAAAGGCCUCCUCAACCGAAACCUAGGUUUCUUUCUGGACAUGGCUACUUCGGUAAUGGCGCUAGGUCACUACUUGCACAUCUGGUGGCUGCAUGGCCUUUCCUUUCAUCUAGUGGAUGCAGUUUUGUUUCUCAACAUACGCGCAUUGCUCAGUGCAAUUUUGAAGCGAAUGAAAGGAUACAUUAAACUGAGAAUCGCUCUGGGCUCACUCCAUGCAGCUCUUCCUGAUGCAACUUCUGAAGAGCUACGCGCAUAUGAUGAUGAAUGUGCUAUAUGCCGGGAACCUAUGGCGAAAGCUAAAAGGCUUCACUGCAACCACCUUUUCCAUCUUGGAUGCCUCCGAUCCUGGUUGGAUCAAGGUCUUAAUGAGGUUUACUCUUGUCCUACAUGUCGUAAACCUCUUUUUGUUGAAACUGAGGUGAACACUCGCUCAGUGGAAGUCUCAAGUGAUGAGCAGUUAGCCCGUCAGCUUCAAAGACAAAACAUUCCUGAGCAUCCACUAGCCACUGGAUUGUUUCCUGCCGAGAUGCCAAACUCCAUUGAAAGUGAUCCUUCAAGGAACUUAGGAUUGGAUCCAAGCUGGCUACAGACAUGGUCAAGUCAGGGUGUUGAUGUCGCUGGUCCCUCUACAGCGUCUAGGUCCGUUGGACUGGGACGGGUUCAGAUGAUGAUGAGGCAUCUUGCUUCUGUUGGAGAAAGUUAUGCGCAAACUGCACUUGAGGAUGCUGCUUGGAGUCUAUGGCCUAUGAACCCUUCACAAGCAUCCACUUCUUCUACAACCAUACCUCUAGGUACUGGUGGAAGGACAGGUGGUCUGCAUUUGAGAAAUGUAUCAAGUGGGGCGAAUGAAAGCUUGGCAAAUAUACUAGCUAUGGCCGAGACAGUGAGGGAUGUCAUGCCACAUGUGCCAGAUGAAAUUAUCUUCCAGGACUUGCAGAGAACAAACUCUGUUUCUGUUACAGUGAACAAUCUUCUCCAGAUGUGAUGAUAGUUUGUGUAAAAAUACUGAGCACUUGCUGCAAUCUUGUUCCAACCCUAAGUAUAGAUUAAUGGUUCGGGACACAUAUACUUUAAGUUUACACACCACCAAACUUCCCAAGCUUCACCGGCUGUAAAUAGAAGGCGUUGUGCAUAUAGAGAAGAAGAGGCUCUAGUGUAUAGCUUCUGUUCAUUGCCCUACUGCGGAAAAUAAAGUUUGUAUAUUUACACAAGGUGCUAUACCCUGGAGAUAUCUUGUAGCAAUCUUGAUCUUGGAUCCAUUCUCGAGUGGUACUGACCAUUCUAUGCUGCUAGGACUCCUGUAUAAGAAUUUGUAAUUUACAACAAAAUGAAGUUAAUUAUAGAGUCUAUACUGUUUAUUGA